AUGUCGAACAAGCCUCGUGAUUCCGUCAAUUCGAAAGUAGAGAGUCCUAACUCAGAGGACGUACUAGAACGGGUCUUGGCAGUCCAGCUGGAAUCUACAUUACCUAAGAAAGAUCUGCGCCCAUUCUCCGGUAAACUGACAGAGUAUCAAGUAUUCUCGCUCUCUUUCCGUUAUCUCAUCGAGCAGAAAACCAACAACGAGGAAAAUCGCCUACAAUACCUUCUGCAAUACACUGCAAACGAACCUCAUGAUCUUAUAUCUGCGUGUGUCCACCUUGAUCCUAAAGAUGGCUACAAGGAGGCAAGGAAGCUCUUGGAUCGAGAAUAUGGAAACAAGUAUGGCAUAGCAACCGCCUUUCGCAAAGAAAUGAACGACUUCCCCCCCUUCAAUGAAGAUUCAGAUAAAAUUAAGGAGUACGCCUUGUUGCUGACUAAGUGUGGUACCGGCAUGAAGAACAUGAAAGGCCUUGUGACAUUGGACGACCCUGAGCUAAGUUUCGAGCUAAUGCUCAAACUUCCUCUCCCCUGCCAAAGAAAAUGGAGACAAACAGUUCAGCAGAUCGAGGAAAAGCAAAAUAAAGAAGCUGGCUUUGAGGAUUUCUCCGUUUUCAUCCGCCAUCUCUCAAGUGAGUGGAACCAUCCAGUGUAUGGCCUAAAGAAAAAAGCGGAAAUAGACCCCAGCACCUCCUUGAUUUCAAAGGACAGAAGGAACCUGUCUUUCGCAACCAACACGUCACAAUCAAGCCUCAUUAGAAACUCAAAUCGAACUGAGUUAAGGUCUUGCCCAUUCUGCGAAAGAAACCAUCCCAUUAAUACCUGUGGGGACGCCAAGCGCUUCUCAUUGCAAGAAAUACGGGAAGUCUUGAGAGGGCGAUGUUUUGGGUGCUUAAAAUGGGGCCAUUGGGCGAGGGCGUAUCAUCAGCGAAAGGUGUGCGACGUUUGUUCGAGGAGGCACCCCACCAUUCUCCAUGACUCCAUGAGAAAUGAGAAAGAGCCACAAUCAGAUGGUCAGGACUCUUUGCAAACCACGGAAGUCAAGGUCAGGGGAGUCCAGGUGUUAAGCAAUGUUAAGGGCGACGACCUACCGGCAAUAGCAGUGGCUUUGGUCCAUGUCAAGAUCCGCAUCCAAGGGCUAGAGAAGGACAUCGUGACUUACGCAGCUCAAGACCCGUAUAGCACAGACACUUUCUUCAAAGAGGAACUCCUCAAGGCACUAGGCAUCGAAGGCACACCAACCACCGUUUUUCUAACAACUAUGGGACAGAAGAGAUUGCCUAUAAUAGCCCGAACCGUGAAAGGUCUUGAGAUCUCGGACCUGAAGAACGAAAAUACUGUAACCCUGCCGGAAGUUUUACCUUACAAGGACUUACCGGUAGAUCGCGGAGAUAUCCCAACUCAAGACCAGAUUAUCUCAUUGCCACAUUUAGCAAAGCUUCCAAUCCAAUGGUCCGCAGCAAAGGUUGGAGUUUUAAUUGGAAUGAACGUUCCUGGAGCUUUAAGACCACUCAAAGUGGUGCAAGGUAAGGACGACAAGCCUUAUGCCCUUUGGACCAAGCUGGGUUGGACUAUCCAUGGACCCAUGGGAAGAAAUUCUAAUCGACGACACAAGUGCAAUUUAAUCCAGAUAGACAACGGAAACAUUAAGGACAUGGUCCAAAAACUGUAUGACCAUGACGUGCCGGACCCUGAUGGAGCUGCUGCCCUUGGUCUAUCUUUGGAAGACCGACAAUGGUUAAAACAUGUUGAAGGAGGUGCUCGCCUCGUUGACGGGCAGUAUCUCAUUAAUCUCCCUUUUAGAAGUUCCAGACCAAAAUUCCCCAACAACAGAGAUCAAGCACUUCAAUGUGUUCUUUGCCUAAAAAGAAAUUUGUUAAGGGACCCAUCCUACUUCACCGACUGCAAGUCCCUAAUAGAAGAACUAUUGGCUAAAGGUAUCAUGGAAGCGGCAAUGAACCCCAGAGAGGAUCCAAGUAAAUCCAAGUACAUCCCUCCCCCUGGAGUCUAUAAUCCUCGAAAACCGGGGACACUUCGCGUUGUAUUUGAUUGCUCUGCCGCAUACAUCGGAGUGUCGUUAAAUUCAGCGCUACUCCAAGAACCUGAUCUCAUCAACGGCCUCUUGGGAGUGCUCUUUCGUUUCAGACAAGAGAAGGUAGCUCUGGUGGGGGACAUAGAAGCAAUGUUCCAUCAAGUCAAGGUACCUGAAGGCGAUAAAGAUUUCCUCAGGUUACUGUGGUGGCUGGAUGGAGAUCUAGAUAAUCCAGUGCCAGAGUUCCGGCUUGCCGUACAUCUUUUUGGAGGAGUCAGCUCCCCAAGUUGCGCCAACUUCGCUCUCCAGAAGACAGCAAGAGAUCAUGUGGCCCGAUAUGGAGGGGAAACAACUAGUACUGUUCUGAACAACUUCUACGUUGACGACCUCUUGAAAUCGGUCAAAUCCGUAGAAAAGGCCCAGACCUUACAAAAGGAGCUCGUCCAACUUUGUGCUAAAGGAGGUUUCAAACUUACUAAGUUCAUCUCCAAUUGCGUGGAAGUUAUGAACUUGAUCCCUCAAGAUCUUAGGGCCCCUUCUUUGGACGCUAGAGUAGAGCUCAAAAUCGAUGGUGUGGUAGAACGUGCUCUCGGGGUUCUAUGGAGUGUUGACAGAGAUUGCUUGGAAUAUUUUGUGCUUCCGGAGCAGGAUUUGUCUAUGAAAAGAAAACUUCUAUCUACUAUUAGUUCAGUCUGCGAUCCUUUGGGGAUGGUCGCUCCAGCGGUUCUCCCUGCACGCCAACACUUCUGA